GCAUGUGAACGUCUAGUAUAGUCUGUGUUUGUUUGGACGGGCUACAGCUCCAAGUUCAGUAAGCUCCCAUUUUGUAAGCUCUUCGGCUGAGGCCAUUUCCACUGAGGUCUAAUUUUGACUGUCUGCAGCAAACUCUUCCCUUCCUCUACCCUCUCAUGCAGUGGCUUUCGGCGAGACCCAAAUCAUUGGUUGCGUUGGGAGCAGCAGUGUGUGUGUGUGUGUGUGCGUGUGCGUGUGUGUGUGUGGCUACGCUGCUUAGCUCGCUCGAGUUUACCGUUUCUGAUUUUGCAGCUGCUCUGACGGCGGAGGGAGGGACUUCAGCGCGCGGAACAGCCGGCCCGGGGAGUCAGUCACAUUCUUGGCUGGGAUUCAAUGACUGAACCAGACACAAACAAACACAGAGAGAGGAGAGGAAGGGGGGAGGAAAGGGGGCAGGCGGGGAGAGAGAGAGAGACGGAGAGAGAGAGACAGAGAGAGAGUUCAGACGGUCUAAACGGAGUGAGAGAGACAGCCCCUAACUACAGCGCAUAGAUUUUUUCGGACACGUUCGAGUACAGCAGCGGCCACGGAAGCGCUUUGAGCGGAGUUUUUGCGUAAGGACGUUUACAGCUCAUACAGCAGACUAUUAUUUCGGGCGUUGGGAGGACCGGGAUAUCCUCUGUUUGUCAGGAAUGGACCAAACUCCACGGUCUCUGUGAUUAGGCGACUGUUAUAACUCGUUAAAUGGAUUACGCGGCGGUGCUAAACGCCUUCUCAAGUGGCAUGGAAAUACAUGGUAUGGGACUUUUGUGUAUAUUUCUGUAAAUAUUUACAGAUUUUUAUCUAAUCGGUUGCAUAAGUUCUGAGGUCUCCUCGGCGAUAGUACAGAAAACAUGGAGGCUGCUUCAUCGAGCUUCCAGCCCCAUCCCGGACUUCAGCGAACUCUCAAGCAGUUCCAUCUCAGCUCCAUGAGUUCGCUCGGAGGACCGGCGGCUUUCUCGGCUCGAUGGCAGCAGGACAUGCUCUUCAAGAAAGAUGGCAAAAACGCCGAAGUUCUGCUCAACCUCCCCGCCCAGACCCCCCCGGUGAUGUCGGGGCCCCUCUUCAUUCCUUCCGACCGCUCCACCGAGAGGUGCGAGACGGUCCUGGAGCGCGAGCCAAUUUCGUGUUUCGUCGUCGGCGGGGAGAAGCGGCUGUGCCUGCCGCAGAUCCUCAACACGGUCCUUCGCCACUUCUCCCUCCAGCAGAUCAACUCGGUGUGCGACGACCUCCACAUCUACUGCUCCCGGUGCACCGCGGACCAGCUCGAGAUCCUGAAAGUCAUGGGGAUCCUGCCCUUCUCCGCGCCGUCCUGCGGUCUCAUCACGCAGACGGACUCCGAGCGCCUCUGCAACGCGCUCAUCUACAGCGGAUCCUACCCCGCGCACGCCGAUAAGGACCCGUCCUGCUCGAUAGAACUGGAGCAAACGGAGAAAAGCUUCAAAGUCUACCACGAGUGCUUCGGAAAGUGCACGGGACUGUUCGUCCCGGAGCUGUACACGAGCCCCGGCGCCGCCUGCGUGCAGUGCCUGGACUGCAGACUCAUGUUCCCGACCCACAAGUUCGUGGUGCACAGUCACAAGCGGCUGGAGAACCGGACCUGUCACUGGGGCUUCGACUCGGCCAACUGGAGAGCGUACAUCCUGCUGGAUCAGGACCACGCGGAGCAAGAGGAGCUGAGGGAGCUGCUGAACCAAAUCAAGGCCAAAUUUGACAUCGUGAGCAAGAACCAGAACCAGAACCCGAAGCAGACCUCGUCGUUCAGGGCCCAAAGCCCCCUCCCAGCCAAGAGGCCCAAAUGUGACCCAGGUUACUCACCCUCACCUGCCAAAGACAAGCAAGCGGAUUGGCUGCAGGUGCUGUCUGCGUCUGCCAAUAAGGAGCUCAAGCAGCUGCAGUUUAAGCAGCGGCCGUCUGCGUUCCGGCCCUGGUCUCCUAGAAGCACGUCUGCAGAGAAGGACACACACAGCCUUCAGCAUGAGAGGAUGUCCUGUAAGGACCCAGAGCGAUCGGCUCUGCCCCACACCCCUCAGAAAGAGGGUCGCAUGUCUCCCCCCGCGCCCCGAGUCUCCAGUCAGGACGGAGCUCCCGCUGGGGGGGGGGAGGACCCCUUCAGACCCCCCCACAAAUGGCUGACAGGAGAGACGGACCCCCCAACACCUAAACCAGCCCCCACCACGGCUAACCAGCGCCCCGAUGACAGCGAGACUGAUGAAGAGAUCGAGGUGGACAACUGUGAGGAGGACACAGGUCCCAGGCCCUCGUCCUCUAAGGCUCCUCCUCCUCCCAUUCCCUCCAGCAAGGGAUUGGCCAGCUCAGUGAGUGGGGCGGGGCAGCGGGAGGGGCGUGAGCGUUCCUCUGGCCCGCCCCCGUGCACCGAGCUGGAGGCGCUGCCUCAGGCGGACCUCAGCUCCCGGGAGGCUCGAGAGCGCUUCCUGCAGGACGUCCUGAGAAUGCGUCUCAAACAGGAGGAGAAGCUGGGCGCCGCCCUGCAGGCCAAGCGCAGCCUACAGCAGGAGCUGGAGUUUGUGCGCGUCACUAAGAAGGGCCGCCUGCGGGAGGCGCUAGAGGCCAAGCGGACUCUGCGAAAGGAGAUCGAGCGUCUGCGGGUCGAGAGCGAGCGGAAGGUGCGCGACGCCAGCGAGGCCUGUGGCCGCCUCAAGAGGGAGCUAGAGAGGGAGCAGCAGCUGCGCGUGUGUGACCCAGACUGUGAGGCAGGCAGCCUCAGGGCCAGGUACUCCACACAGAUUGAGGACCUGCAGGUGAAGCUCCAGAAGGCGGAGGAGGACCGCGAGCUGCUGAGGUCCGACCUGCAGAGGGAGCGAGAGGCCCGUCAGAACCUGGAGCAGGUGGUCCGGGAGCUCCAGAACCAGCUGGGGCCCAAACACAACAGCACCAGCCGCCCCACACCACACACUCCACUCUCUCACACACACACACCAUACACUCCACUCUCACACACAGGUAGCCUGCGGUACCAGGUGAGGCUCUCGUCUUACCUGACACAGGGCAGCCUGCUGUACCAGGUGAGACAGCAUGCCCCGCUGGUCAGACUGGACUCUAGGAUGACCGUCAGGUAG